AUGGAUUUGCAGAUCCACCUCCCGCUAAACGGGCUAGACGAAACGCUAAUACCCACUGCGUUUCUCGAGCAAUUACAGAGUUCACCUUCACGAAAGGUCACCUUUUUCGAUGAAACCAUCACCGGGUAUCUCCACCUCACUGACGAGGUGAUGGGUUUCGGCAACCAUGUGGCUGAUGCCUCAAUUUAUAUUGACCUAGCCGUUAUCCCGGAUAGCGCCCAGACCCACAAUCCCGAGUUCCACAUCAAAAGUAUUGAGCUCACAAAGACGGAUCUCUUGUUCUCCUCCGAAGUGAACCUCAAAGGAAAGACGUCAUUUGCUACUGUUUGGAAGUUUGCGUUACCGAUUCUCUAUCCAAAGAAGAAGGUUGCGUCGCCACAGGUUUUUGCAUCGAUAGUUUUAACACUCCGCAACGCGCCCGGUGCGAGUGCGGGCGUGCGCGCAGGCGCACACGAUGUGAGCGAUAUCAACAGUAGCAACAUCUUGUCGGACCUCCAGUUCCUGAUCUUGGACAAGCGCCGUGCCUCCAAGUUGGUUUCCUUUUCCAGGCCCCAGGUGCUCACAGCACUUCCAGACGACGUGACACUCGAGCAACAGACCGCCACCGAGUCGACUCUCACCGCUUCAGUCAAGCUUCCGGUGUAUCCCGCGCUCAUCAUGCGGUUGAAGAGCACCAAAUCGGUGGGCAGAGACAACGUCCUCUUCUCUACGCUCGAGCUAGAGUCGUCGAAGGAGCUCAUGAAAAUUGGCGUGGCGUUGGACAUUUUAAACGUGGAAACUACUUUCACCGACGGACGACUUGAGGAGUUUCUCCCAGGCGGUUUUACGUACCCUGUCAGUUUCUUGCCGAGCGAUAUCCUCAACUUCACGUACAAGCUCCACCACGACUCCAGCGGGUCUGUGAAACCCAUCUGCAUCAAAAUCACCUCCAUCGCCCGAAGCUUUGAUCCGUUCUCCAGCUCGGUGCAUGCCACCUUUGGCAGUGAAAUUGUCACUUCCUGGGCCACUAAUGUAGAUUUUGGUAUCACGCCUCCCGCCGCAAAAAAACCCCCGAGGCUCGCCACUAGCCGCAAGAACCGUCUCCGGUCGAGCUCGGACCUCCAGAAGCCGCUCCGGCUCAGCUCCUCGUCCUUGAACGUGGCCAUCCCCAGAUCCGGCAACCCGCUGCUUGCGGGUUUGGUGAUUACGUUUUCAGGUCAGACGGACGUCAGAAUCGGCGAGGUGUUCCGCUGGAAAGUCCAGGCAAUUAACAAGUCGCCCAACCGGCUCAACCUCUCGUUGUAUAUCCAGGCGCGUGACAUGUUUGAGAAGUCGCAGCCUAGGUUGCCCGGGCUGGAUUUUGCUGCGUACCCGGCGCCCGCGUUGCAGAAGAUGUACAACGCCAUCAAGCUCGUUCCCCAAGGCAUUCUUCCUCUCGCCAAUGACAUCAAGAUCGGACCCUUGGACCCGGGAGCGGUAUACGAAACGACAGUGGAGUUGAUAGCGAUCGAACGGGGAAUCUUUAACCUCGAGGGUGUACGGAUUAUAGAUAUUGCUUCGGGUGAGGGUUUUGACUGUGGAAAGUUGCUCGAAGUGGUGGUGAUGUAG